CUCUGGUACAUUCAAUGAACACUCUUUUUAAUAGUUGAAAAUAAACAUUUGGGAAGAACUAAGAAGAAACAACAUUAUAAGAUGGGCUUGGGCUUUUUGUUGUAUUGUUUUUUAUGUUUUACAAUUUUAUUUAACAAACAAGAUGACAAAAAAAAAAAAAAGGACUCCAAAAGUCCAAAACAGCUAUGGAGUAUAUGAGGGUAAAGUCGUCAUUUUACAAAAAGCAUUUUUAUCUUCGUUUUGUCGUCUUCGAAAGUUCUCAAAGAGAAGGCAUCUGAGAAACCCCAAUCUCUAAUCUUCUUUUCAAUUCAAUACUUUUUUUUCUCAAUCUCUCCUCUCAAAUCAAACAACUUUGAUUGAUCUUCGCAAUCGAUUCCACAUGAAGCGCAGUACUACCGACUCUGAUUUGGCCGGUGAUGCUCACAACGAGACAAACAAGAAGAUGAAGAGUACAGAGGAAGAAGAAAUCGGAUUCUCCAAUUUAGACGAGAAUCUAGUGUACGAGGUGUUGAAACACGUCGACGCAAAGACCUUAGCUAUGUCAUCUUGCGUGAGCAAGAUCUGGCACAAAACGGCACAAGACGAGCGGCUUUGGGAGCUGAUCUGUACUCGUCACUGGACUAACAUCGGCUGCGGGCAGAACCAGCUCAGAUCUGUUGUGUUGGCGCUUGGUGGCUUCCGAAGACUCCACUCUCUUUACCUCUGGCCUCUCUCUAAACCCAAUCCGCGUGCUAGGUUCGGUAAGGACGAGCUUAAACUCACUCUUUCUCUUCUCUCAAUUCGAUACUACGAGAAGAUGAGUUUCACUAAGAGACCUCUUCCAGAAUCCAAAUAAUUGACUACAAAUUAUUAGAGUUUGGUUUUGGAGUUUGUGUAUUUGGAGUUUGUUGAUUGGUAAGUCAGAUGUGAUGUUCAAUGCUGGCAAUAAAAUUUGUUGGUAUCCAUAAGCCAGACUGUUAGCAACAGUUGUGUUCUGUAAUAAUAGAGGGUGAUGAGAAUUUUUAAUUACUGUAAUCGGAGCUGAUUAAAAGUAGAUUUAAUAUCAAAUGUGAUUCGAUUUUGUUGUAAUGGUUCUGUCGUGAAGUUAAGUUGGUCCGUAGUUGGACAAUGAUUGUAACAAAAUCGAUUCGUGAUCCAGUUUGGUAAGAUUAAGAACUGUUAGUGACGAUUCUGUUUUAUUAUUCAAUGAAAAACAAUGUUCACC